CUUGCUGCAUCGCGAUAAAAAGGACGUGUAAUUCUCGUAGGCGCGCACUUAUUUAUUUCGAUUAAAUUUAUAUAUAAAUUACAUUAUUAUGAUGACGAUUUAAUUUUAUAUUAUGUAAAUUUUACGAAAAAGUUCAAGAGGCGCUCGCAAAAAAAAAAUCGUGAAUCGCAAAAAAAAAAGUGAAGAGAACUUACAAAGACUACAAUACAAAGUAUCACAACAUCUGCUAAAAUAUAAAGACAAUUGUUCACCAAUUGCUGAGAAACAAUAUAUUUCUACUAAAUAAAUGUGUAUUUAUCAUGAAAUUCUAUAAAUUAAUUUAUUUACGUGUCGCUCGUAUUUAUUUCAAUUAAGCACUACUAUUUUUUUUGUCAACUUUCAAGGAAAUUCCGAAAAAUAAAUCACGCUGGCUGCUCAAGGUAACAACUCGGCACCACCGGUUUUGUGGAGGACGAGAAGGAAAGGCGGGCUGCAUCUACGCAGCUUGGAGGAACAAUUAACAAGCACCAGGAUGCCCAUUGAGCAGGGGGGCACUGCCGGGCACGAACAUCAUCAUCAUCAUUACCUCAGCUCCCGAUGCCCAAGUGUCCCCCUGCCACUUCAUUUACCAUCGCAGCAGCAACAACAGCAACAACAGAGUCCGUAUGGGGGCGAAUAUGCCAAAAUGGAGGCUUGGAUGGACGAAAAUCCCGAGUUCGUGCAAGAUUAUUUCAUCCGUAAAGCCACGCGACAGGUUGUUGAUGCUUGGCUCGUGUCUCAUGCGACUCCUGCAGCUAAUACGAGUACCGAAAUUUCAUCGCCGACGCAUGUUAACAACACGCAAAGUUGUUCGUCGCGUGGCGGAUCGGGAGCUACGACACCUGUGCGAAAAAUUUCUGCUCACGAAUUCGAACGCGGUGGUUUGUUGAAACCAAUUGUCAACACAAUCGAUGGCACGCCAACAUUUAUCAGUCCCCAAAGUGAAACUGAACUAUCAUCCUCGCAGUAUAUCAAUGGAACGGCAUACCAUAUGGCAGGUGCCCGAUCCCAACGACUCUCCCGCAGUGAAUUGAAGCAACUUGACGAAAAGGAACUCAUUUUUGAAUUGGUAAAGGACAUUUGCAACGAUUUAGACGUGAGAUCAUUAUGUCAUAAAAUCCUGCAAAACGUGUCAAUACUCCUAAAUGCCGAUCGUGGUUCACUUUUUUUGGUGCAGAAACGCAGUUCAACGUGUGUCAAUGAUCCAGUCAAUCGCUGUUUGGUCUCCAAAUUGUUUGAUGUGUGUCCCCGUAGCACGGUAGAGGAGAUGGAGACGAUGGAUGAAGUGCGCGUUGAAUGGGGCACGGGUAUUGCGGGACACGUUGCCGAAAGUGGCGAGCCUGUCAACAUACCAGACGCAUAUCAGGAUGAACGCUUCAACAAGGAAAUUGAUAUACUUACCGGUUAUCGGACAAAAGCCUUAUUGUGCAUGCCCAUAAAAGAUUGCUCAGGUGACGUAAUUGGGGUCGCUCAAGUCAUUAACAAGUACGGCGGCUCACACUUUACGGAAAUUGACGAGAAAGUGUUUGCUUCGUAUCUGCAAUUUUGCGGCAUCGGACUACGAAAUGCUCAAUUAUAUGAAAAGUCACAGCUCGAGGUGAAACGAAAUCAGGUCCUGCUGGAUUUGGCCAAGAUGAUUUUCGAGGAACAGAGUACAAUUGAACACAUGGUUUUUAGGAUAUUAACGCACAUGCAAAGUUUAAUACAAUGUCAAAGAGUUCAAAUUUUAUUAGUGCACGAGGCCUCCAAAGGCAGUUUCUCUCGUGUAUUUGAUUUUGAAGCAAAUGAUCUCAGGAACGAUGAUAGUGAUGCAAGAACUAGUCCAUUCGAAUCUAGGUUUCCAAUUAAUAUAGGGAUUACUGGAUAUGUCGCAACAACCGGUGAGACUGUAAACAUACCAAAUGCUUAUGACGAUCCUCGAUUUGAUGAGAGCGUGGAUGUGGGCCAAUCAUUCAAGCACAAUUCGAUUCUGUGCAUGGCUAUUAAGAAUUCAUUGGGACAGAUCAUUGGCGUAAUACAGCUAAUUAACAAAUUUGACAACUUGAUUUUUACGAAGAAUGACGAAAAUUUCGUCGAAGCAUUCGCAAUUUUCUGUGGAAUGGGCAUCCAUAAUACUCACAUGUACGAAAAAGCGAUUGUUGCGAUGGCGAAGCAGAGUGUCACGCUGGAAGUUUUGAGUUAUCAUGCCUCUGCCUCGACGGAUGAUGCGUUGAGAUUAAAAACCUUAAAGAUCCCUUCAGCUGCGUAUUUUGAGUUGCACGACUUCACAUUUGACGAUAUCCGGUUGGAAGAUGACGAUACACUGCGGGCAUGCAUUCGAAUGUUCCUUGAUUUAGAUUUAGUUGAAAGAUUUCACAUAGACUAUGAGGUAUUAUGUCGGUGGCUGUUAAGUGUUAAGAAGAAUUAUCGGAAUGUUACUUACCACAAUUUUCGGCAUGCUUUUAAUGUGACACAAAUGAUGUUUGCCAUACUGACCGCCACGCAAUGGUGGAAGAUUUUUGGUGAAAUUGAGUGCCUUGCAUUGGUAAUUGGAUGUCUUUGUCACGAUCUGGACCACAGAGGGACAAACAAUUCCUUUCAAAUUAAAGCCUCAUCACCUUUAGCUCAAUUAUAUUCAACAAGUACAUUAGAACACCACCACUAUAAUCAAUGUAUUAUGAUAUUAAAUAGUCCGGGAAAUCAAAUAUUAUCGAAUUUAUCGUCUGAGGACUACUGUCGUGUCAUCCGUGUGUUGGAAGAUGCCAUUUUGUCGACCGAUCUCGCCGUUUAUUUCCGCAAACGAGGUCCCUUCCUCGAUUCUAUCAAAAAUCGCGACACCCUGGAUUGGUCAAACGAAGAACCGCGAUCACUUUUACGGGCAAUGAGCAUGACUGUGUGCGAUUUGUCUGCCAUUUCGAAGCCGUGGGAAAUUGAAAAACGCGUUGCUGACCUCGUCAGUUCCGAAUUCUUCGAGCAGGGAGACAUGGAACGACAGGAAUUGAAAAUUACGCCAAUUGAUAUUAUGAAUCGAGAAAAGGAAGAUCAGUUACCGAUGAUGCAAGUAAACUUUAUUGACUCAAUUUGUCUUCCAGUGUAUGAGGCAUUUGCCGAUUUGUCUGACACGCUAACACCUCUCGUGGAGUGCGUGCGAGACAAUCGCAAACAUUGGAUUGAAUUGGCGCAGGAAACGCAGCAGCGGAAAAUCGAGCGAGAUAACGGAACGACAACAGACCAAACGAAAAUAUCGGCAUCGGCAACCACAAUGUCGACAAAUAACAAUAAUACUAGUUGUAAUAGUAAUAGCAUAGCACCAAACACGUACGACGAUGUCAGCACAAGUAAUAGCGAUGUGUCGAUUUCAUCGAAAAUUGUGGGAAAAUUGCCGCAAGAUGCGACACAACAAAUUCUUUGUACAAACUACCUGAAACACAACGGAUCAUGGUGUUCGACCGAUAACAAUAAAGAACAAAACCAAGUAAUGGACCAACAAUAAUUCAUAUAUGCAACAAAACGUAUAUGAUAUAUUUUCAUCGAUUUAAACAUAAAUAAAUAAUAAAUUCAAGAAUCAUUAAAUUUUAUAUUUAAAAAAAAAAGUAUUAGAAUAUACAAAUCUUUAAAUAAUCAAACAUAUUCCUACGAAUUUUGUGGCAUUCUCCUCCCCCCUCAUUCAUUUUGGCAUUAAAUUGAUAUCAAUUACGGCUGGACCAUACUAUUUUAUUUGAUUUUAACAACUAGUUCCUCCCUUUUUUGAUAGAGAAAAUUUCAUAGAAUACCUAAAUUAAUAGAAAAAGGGAACUACGUGAGUCUCAAUGCCUAAAUAUCUUACAUAUACAUAUGCUUAGAGCGAGAAAAAAAUAUUUUUAAUUAAAAGAAAUACUAAAAGUAUAAAAAAAUAAUUAAAAAUUAAUUAAAAUUUUAUACAUUUUGUAUUUUUUUAUUAUUAAAUAAUGUUAAUAUGUUGUUCUAAUAACUACGUUAUGUUAUAGAAAGUUAAACAAGAGGAUCAAAUAUUUUUAUUAAAAAUAAUUAAUGUAGCCUAAAACUAUUUUCGCCAGUGUAGAAAGAGUAAAGUUGAAUUUUGACGAAAGCCUUACUGUAUUAAUGAUAGAAAAUAUAUAUAUUUACAUGAAAUAAAUGAAUAAAAGCUCCAACCACUAUUUAUGACUUAAUUGAAUAAGCUGAACUAAUUAAAAUAAAGUAAAUAUUUUAAUAUAUAUAAAAAUAAACAUUAUAUGUAA